AUGCUUGCGAAAGUCAGGUGCAUGACCGCUGAUCCUCUCAGAAAUUCCGGGAAAUCUAGAUGGAUUGAAUUGUCGUGUCGAAACGCGAUGCCGUUUGUGCAAGCCUUUCUUCUGCCCUUGUGCUUGACUUCCACGGCUACAAGUGCCACGAAUGCAAGAGGUGCUACCAGUGCUGGUGAUGUUACUUGCAGCUUGCAAACCGCUCGCGAGCAUUCGAACCUGCCACCAACAAUGCCUGAUAUCGACUACCUCUUUCGAGGCUACGAUCUAAUGCGGGGAAAUCCCAAAUCCACUGAAGCUGACGUGGAUCCAGGUUAUCUAGAGCCUAUCUUUGCAACAACUUAUGUGUUUCAGAAAAGAAGUUCAGACCGACGCUAUCUUAUACCAGAUGGCAUAGAAGUGUCUGUCGUUAACAGCUGCACAACCGAAUUUGAGUUUAUGCAGAUGGCAAAUGAGAAGUCCUACCAGGACGGGAUGCGGACCAAACAACAUGAUCGGUCAAUAACCAAGAAAGGGUCAAGACAAAAACAUGAGAACAGUUGA